AUGGAGCAGACAUCAAAUGUUGAGGACCCUCGAAAAUUGUGUCAAAUCAUCCGCCAAGUUAGUGCCACCCUCUACUCCACAGCGGAAUUUCAACCGUCGCCAGCCUACGCAGUGUCGUAUGACCGCCCUUCCAAAGACGAAGUUGCCGAUGCAAUGCAGAGGCUGCACAACAACAAGGCUUGCGGAGAGGACGGUAUUUCGACAGAAAUCUACAAAUCUUGUGUCGACAUCCUGGCUCCUCGGCUUCAUGAGGUGUUGGUGCAGGCUUGGCGAGAAGAGGCCGUUUCCGAUGACUGGGGCUAA